GCACUCCCCCUCCUGAGAGAGAGAGAGCGAGAGAGCGAGAGAGCGAGAGAGAGGAGGGUCACGCAAUAAAAAGUACAAACCGCAAUGGGGGAGACGAGCAGAGCCCCAGAGAGCAGCCGCCUCAUGUGCCCCCGUGAUGAUUGAUGUGCGGGAGGCACGCGCUACAGUUUAGGUGCUCAACGGUUUCACGUCAGAGACGCUCGCGACCAACGGUCGGAAGAGUACCUGAAUACCUGCAGUGUGCUUCGCUCUCUCACUCGGCUCGGUGACAUUGAGGGACUCGGAGACCGAGACGGGGGGUUCGAGAGACUACGAGACGAGGCAGGAGAAAGUUUGUCCGACUCUCUGCGGUGAAACAAUGCGGCUGACCCCGACCGCGUCCCUUGGCCCGGGCGCCCUGCUAAUCCUGCUGCUGGUGCGCUGGUCCGACAGCAUUUCGCUGUCUCCCCAAGAGGCGAACCAGUUUCUGAGCAGACACCGGAGAGCGAAUCAAGUUUUCGAGGAGACAAAGCAAGGACACUUGGAGAGGGAGUGUGUGGAGGAGAAGUGCAGCAAAGAAGAGGCCAGAGAAGUGUUUGAAAACGACCCGGAGACGGACUACUUCUAUCCCAAAUAUUUAGCCUGCAUGGAGAAGUUUGGAGAUGCCGAAAAGAAGAAACAGGAUCUGAUUACAUGUGUUCACAAUAUUCCAGACCAAUGCUCUCCUUCUCCCUGUAAUGCCGGAGGUACGGUGCGCUGCGAGGACAAAAAGGGUGACUUCCUCUGUCACUGUUUCACAGGCUGGGCAGGAGCCAGAUGUGAUCAAGAUGUCAACGAGUGCAGCAAGCGAAAUGGAGGGUGUGACCACGAGUGCAACAACACUAUGGGCAGUUACCGCUGCUCCUGUCACCAAGGCUACAUGUUGGUAGGACGCCACAUGUGUAAUGAUAUGGAUGAGUGUAAGGACCCAGGUGUCUGUGGAACUGCACGGUGUGAGAAUAUAGAGGGCAGCUAUGAUUGCUUGUGCGAUGUCGGCUAUGUCUACGACAACGAAACCAAGAGCUGUGUUGAUGUGGAUGAGUGUGAUGCGGGUGUGUGUGCGGAGGAGUGUCUGAACACUCCGGGGAGUUUCCGUUGCUUCUGUGACGGUCGUCAGGGCAUGAAGCUGAGCCAGGACCUCAGGAGCUGUAAGCCUAUCACUCCCUGCAUGUCGCCGUCUCUGAAGAGGAACUCUCGUUCCCUCUACCUUGGCCGCAUGUUCAGCGGUGUGCCUGUGGUCCGGCUGCGUUUCCGCCGGAGGAUUCAAACUGGCUUUUCUGCAGAGUUUGACUUCCGCAGCUACGACCCUGAGGGGGUGAUCUUCUUUGCCGGAGGUCACAUAAACAGCUCAUGGAUUGUUCUGGCAAUGCACCAUGGGAAACUGGAACUACAGCUUAAAUACGGCACCGUCAGCAGGGUCACCAGCAGCGGACCCCUCGUUAAUGAUGGCCAGUGGAGAAAGAUCUCGGUGGAGGAGCAGGGCCGGAGUCUAGUGAUAAAGAUUGACAGGGAGGCCGUCAUGAAGAUUGCAGUCAACGGUGAUCUGUUUACGCUCAAGAAAGGCAUGCACGAACUCAACCUCACCGUGGGAGGAGUCCCUUUCAGAGAGGACGGCCUCGUCAAUCAGGUGAAUCCCCGUCUGGAUGGCUGUAUGAAGGAGUGGAGGUGGUUGACUGGUGAAGAUACGUCCAUACAAGAAACCAUUCGCUCCAACGACAACAUGCAGUGUUUCAGCACGGAGAACCCUGGAUCGUAUUACCCCGGCACAGGCUUCGCUCUCUUCAACAUCAGCUAUGAGUCACACAACCUGAGCGUACAGUUGACCCUGCGUCCAACUUCUGCGAUCGGAGUGCUGUUUGCACUGGUUCACCAGGACAGAGUCCCUCUCUCCAUCGCUCUGGCCAACUAUCAUCCCGGCACUGAUGAAUGGAGAGAUUUUGUUCUGGUAUCUGUCGGUGAUGUCAUCAUUGCCAGCUCUCCUGCCCCCCUGUGUGACGGCGAGAGUCAUGAAAUCCACGUGACGAUCUCAGGCAACCAAACCCUGCUGCUGGUCGAUGGUCAUUCUGGACGUAGUGAAAACACCGAAAUUCCUUUUGACUCUGUGUCACAGUCCAGCACCUUCAUCGGAGGCCUCCCUGAUGUCUCUCUGGUGUCCACGCUGGUGUCGGCGCCCUACAGCGGCUGUAUGGAGGUCAGUGUUAACGGACAGUCUCUGGACUUGGACCAGGCCAUCCACAAACACAAUGACAUCCGCUCACACUCCUGCCCCCUGCUGGACUCUCACCAGUGACCAGUGCAUUAGUCUGCCAAAGCUGAUCCAUUGGCAGUUCAUUGAGGCAAUGGGGAUUUUGUUUUCCAAUAUAUUGAUAAAAGCUUUGACCGGUAGGGAGACGUUUUGGAAUGUUUAAAAACAAAAGCUGGACCAGGCGUUGUGGUUGCAGCUGGAGCCUUAGCCCAGGAUCACCCUGUCCUAUUACUGUGAUGACACUGCUGUCUCGAGGCAUUUGAGGGAUUGUCACAGUAUUCUCAGUUUAAUGACUCAGUAAGGCAGCUCGUCAGCCAAUGAGCAAUGUCCCUUGUACUAGGCAGAAGAUAAGACAUUGCCUCAAAAACUGCCCAUGAAUCAUCACAGCCUCUUAUCUAGAUCAAUGUCCAAUAGUUGGUCUUGGCUCAGCCUACUAUGCCUCGCAUCCUGUGCAGAUCGGACUGGGACUUUGUAGGCUGGGACUCUUUGCUGCAGCAACUCGGCUGAUAAAGAUGUGGUCACGUCCAGUCCACCUAAGACCCACGUCACGAAGCUUGAAAUAAUCAAGUUCUCAUGUAGAAUCUGAUGACAUGAAAAAAAUGGGGACCAGAAAUAUAGUCGUUCAUCAGCUACAUGAAGAAAAUGUGUGACUAGGUGCUCAGAUCUUCGUGAGUGUUUGGCGCAUAAUGACUUUAGGGGCUGUUUGGGGACUAAAUCCAUCUUAUUUGCUCCUAUCAAGCUGAAUCCCCUCCGUCAUACCACAGCAGGGGUGGCGUGGUCUUAGCCACACUUUUGUGUUAUGUAGAGAACAUUGCACAUUGUUGCAGGUAGCAAUGGACUGCGUGUGAAUCUUCUUGAUUUCCACUCGACUAAAGCAGCACUCCAUGUCUGCCUGCAACCUUAAAAAAAAAUCAACCGUGUGCCUACAAAGAACAACCAACCCAAACUUCACAACAGCUCUCCUCCUAACAGGUGAGUCCCUUCACAAAGGUGCAGUACUGUAACACACCAACAGAGCUAAAGCUUCUCCUAAUAACAUGUACUCAUUGCAGUUAAUACACUAUGCAUUACCACCUGUGCAUUUUGGAGUAUUACAGUCUUUUAAAGACUUGACUGACACCAUGAUUCUCAAUAAUCUUCAAUCACUAACGUCAUCACAGGCACCUUCUCUCCUUCAGAAUCACCCAAACACAUUAAUACCUGCCAUAUACCGAUCUGAGGAUGAUGAUUAGUCUCAGAAGCACAGGGAGACAGGAAGGGGCCCUUGCCAUAGAGGGAGGGAGGGAGGGAGAGAGAGAGAGAGCACUGCAUUGCACCACACAAGCUACUGAGAGAGUGCUGUAAUAUACUGAAUAUGUAAAUAAUGUGACUGUACAAUGCUUUGUAGAAGACAGAAAACAAAAACACUUCCUUCUGCUCACGGAGGUUUCCUGCACAUUUAAGUUGUAACAAAACGGUAAUCUGAGUCUCUGAACUUCAUCUGCUUCCUGCAAACAUUUAAAGCCACAAACAAAUAUUUUCUUGAAGUAGGAGUUGGGUGACAGGGAUCAAAUCUGGGACUCAGUUUUUUAAAUUUUAUUUUAUAGGUGCUGAGCAAAUCAAAACACAAUAAAAACAAAGAAUUACAGGAGCAUUGUGAACGCCAAAAGGGCUCCAGUGUUAUUUUACUUCCCUCUAAUGUAACAUUUUCUGAUGAAUGAAUGCCAGAAUAUAGAGCUUGACAAGUUAUUAUUUUUUGUAUCAUGUGUUGUAUAUUGAAAUUUUCUCUUAGUUUUAAUUUUUCACUUUUAACUGCCAGUAUGUGUACAAUGCUGAGAGGAGUCUGCCUUUUGAGUUUUAACUUCCCUCAACUGAAAAUACUAUUUAAAAAUAAAAGCAGUUGUAUGAACA